UCCGCUCUCCGGGGAUGCUGCGCUCCGCGCCCCGCGGCUGAGCCCCAUGGGCUGCACCGGCAGCGCCCUGCGCUGCUGCCCCGUCGGUGGCCAGAGACAGCUAAAAGCCCAGCAGCAGAGGGGACCUGCAUCCCAGGAGCUCACGGCCCUGACGACAGAGCACGGCAAUGCCACCCUCUUGCCUGAGGAUGGGAAGGAGAAGGCAGCGCUGCCGGAGGAGCGGGCAGAGAGUACAAGACUCCUCCAAGGUCAGGAGGAGGAUGAGGAGGAGCGGCUGCAUGAUGCCAGAUGGGAAGGCACCAAGGGAAUCACCCAGGAUGGUGACAUCCAGGUGGAAAAGGGAAAAGACCUGGAGCUGAAGGAGCAGUUUGAUGCCUUGAGGAGAGAGCACACGGAGACCCUGCAAGAGCUCCAGAGAGCACACGAGGAGGAGAAGCUGCUGCUGGCAGAAUCCCACCACAGGUCCCAGGCAGCCCUACAGGAGACGAUCCAGGCACUGAAGUCCCAGCUGAAGUCCUUCCAGGACAGGAUGAAGCGGGUGGAGGAGUCCCUCAUGAGCACAGACUACAAGAAGCACAUUGAGGAACACGGGAGCCCCAGCCCCUUCUGGGAGCAGGAGCUGGAGAGCCUGCACUUUGUCAUCGAGAUGAAGAAUGAGCACAUCCAUGGGCUGGACAAGAAGCUGCUGAACCUGGAGACCGUGGUGGAGAAGAACCUUCUGCUGGAGGAGAAGGUGAAGACUCUGCAGCAGGAGAAUGAGGACCUGCAAGUGCGCACCCAGAAUCACUUGCUCAUGGCGAGGCAGCUCUCAGAGGAGCUCCUGGCUGCUCGUGGAGCCCCGGAGAAGGAGGCCCAGCUACGGGAGCAGGCACACCGCGAGAAGGAGGAGCUGCUGUACCGCGUGCUCAACGGAGGGGACGGCUCCCCAUUCCCCAUCGCUGCCGGCGAGGUGCCCCUCAUCACCACGUAGCACAGAGCCCA